AAAACACACAUUAAUUGUCUAAUUUACAAAUUUCUUUCUCGUUCUGUCUGCUUCUUUUUAUUGUUUCUUUUACUUUUUCCUUUUGAUUGCCCAUUUUCCACUGUUCGUCUAUGCUUCCUUAUAUAUAUAUAUAUAUAUAUAUACACACACACACACAUACGCAAGUAAUCUGAGAAUGUUGAAAGUUUAAGGAUGUCGUAGGGAAAGUCUUCUACAAGUGAACAAGCUCCAGCCAGCUCGUACUGGAGGAAUGAAGGUGAUCUCAUCAUCAUGCAUGACUAAUCCUGAAAAGUUAUAACAACAAGGCACAAGCUAGUGGUAAAUUCGUUAUAUUGUUAUAUACCAGACAGUGUAUGUGUGUGCGAGCGCUUUUAGAUGAACAAGACUAAUGCGAAAAUGCAAACGGUAGGUCCGGGUGGAAGCUUAGUAGAUUUGGUUUUCUCAUGGUCCAUCCAGGAUGUUCUAAAUAAAGAUAUCUAUAAAGGCCAGGUGCAGAAGAUUCCAAUGACAUUCUCAUCCAAAACAGAAUACUUGAACUCUUUUAUUCCCCCAUUUUUGGAGGAAUUACGUACUUACUUGAUGACAAACAUGACAGUACUGGAUCAAGCACCUUUAUGUGAAAUUAAGUCUGUGGAAAAAGGUAAAGAUUAUAAACUUCCUAAAGAUUUGUUGUACGAUGUAACGGUGGAAAAAGGAAAAUAUGAGCCCGAAUUUGGCGACUUGUUUGCAAUAACUGAUGUAAGACCAAAGUAUGCUGGAGACUUGGAUCGGCCUCAAAGACCCUAUCUCAUCGCUCAUGUUCAAGGAAUUUAUACUGAUGAAGCUGGAAUUCCUGUUGCAUACUCAAUAUUAUCUUCAAAGCCUGUCCUUGAAGUUGAAAUGAACACAGAGAACAGAACCAGAAUUACUCUUUUUGCUGUUAAAUUGAUAAACUUAAAAACAAAUGUUCGUAUAUGGAAUGCAUUGAGCAGAGUUCAGGACGAGCAGAGUGUGGACAUUCUUCAGAAAGUUUUGCAGCCAGAAACUAUGGAUGCGGAAAAUUGUAUAGUCUGUCAUUUCACAAAAAGCAACAAUUCUAACAUGGAUGUAAGGACCAGAAUCAGCUCUUCAGAUUUGAAUGAAUUCCAAAAGGCUUUAGUCUUAAGAUGUAUUGGAACAAGGGAAUGUGAUCAUCAAAAUUCCUUCAAACUGAUAUGGGGUCCUCCAGGGACAGGAAAAACGAAGACGCUUGGUUUCCUUCUACAUUCCCUCCUUACUAUGAAAUGCAGAACACUCACAUGUGCCCCAACAAACAUUGCAGUGUUGGAAGUGACCAGACGGCUCAUGAACAAUGUCACAGAAUCACUUGAAGAUCAUACAUAUGGGCUUGGAGAUAUAGUUUUGCUUGGUAACAAGAAACGUAUGAACAUUGAUGAUCAUGAUGAGCUUUUUGAUAUAUUUCUUGACAACCGUGCUGACAUACUUGACAAGUGUUUUAACCCGUUAUCAGGGUGGACCUCUAGUUUAAAUUCCAUGAUUUGUUUGCUUAAGGACCCUGAAGAGCAGUAUCAAUUAUACUUGAAGCAGAGAGAAGAGGAAGAUGAUGAGGAGGAUGAUGCCAAUUUUGCUGACGAGGAGGAAAACUUUAAGACGGAAAAUGGGAAGAACAUCAACAAUAAUCAAGAGGAGGACGUUGGUGAUGAAUUAUCUAAAGUCAAGCAAAGAAAGAAAGUGUGGAACAAGGUUAUUGUUCAAAUUUUAAAAGAAAACAAGAGCAAGAAAAAGCCCAAGAAUAUUUUGUCUAUGCAGAAACAAAACCAAUCAAACCAUAAUGGCAAAAAAUGUGAUCCUCCUUUGUCAUUUGAGGAGUUUGUAAAGAGUAGGUAUGAUUGCAUUGGCGAACGGCUAUGCCUUUGGAUUGAAUCUUUGUAUACACACCUGCCAACUUCUUUUAUUUCACUUGAAGUGGCAAGGAAAAUGAUCAAGGCUCGUGAAUCUCUUAGAUCUUUUGUGGCUUUGUUGCAGAAUGUUACAAGUGGCGUACUAAAGGAGGUCUUCAACGAAGAUGUUAUGUUCAAUAUUUCAAGUACUAAUUGCCUUGAUCUUGUUAUGUUCAAUACUUCAAGAAUUAAUUGCCUUGCUCUAUUUCUUUCUCUUCCUCAGAGCUUUAAUAUUCCAUUUUUCGAGAAAAAAUGGGAGGUAAAACGUUUCUGUUUGGAAAAUACAAUCCUAGUUUUCUGCACAGUUUCAAGUUCUUCUAAGUUGUACGCAACAGCUCCAUUUGAACUAUUGGUUAUAGAUGAAGCUUCUCAGCUUAAAGAAUGUGAAUCAGCCAUUCCUUUACAACUUCCUGGUAUACGCCAUGCUAUACUUAUUGGUGAUGAGCGGCAACUGCCUGCAAUGGUUGAAAGCAAGAUUUCUGAAAGAGCUGAGUUUGGAAGAAGUUUGUUCGAGAGGUUUUCUAUGCAAGGCUACAAGAAGCACCUUCUUAGCGUUCAGCAUAGGAUGCAUCCAUCCAUAAGUUUAUUUCCAAAUCGUGAGUUCUAUGGAGGCCAGAUUUUGGAUGGUCCGAAUGUUCAAGAAAGAAGCUAUAGCAGACGUUUCCUUCAGGAUAAAAUGUAUGGCUGCUACUCUUUUAUAAAUGUAGCACAAGGAAAAGAGGAUUUUAAUGGAAGGCAUAGCAGAAGAAACAUGGUUGAGGUUGCUGUGGUAUCUGAGAUAGUUGAAUGCCUUUAUAAAGGAUUUGUGCAAAGAAAGAACAAGGUCAGCAUAGGUGUGAUAUCACCAUACAAGGCUCAAGUUUAUGAAAUUGAAAAGAAAAUGGACAAGUAUUGUAAAGAUCUUCAGAGUGGCUUUUCAGUAAGUGUUCGAACUGUUGAUGGUUUCCAAGGUGGUGAGGAGGAUGUGAUAAUCAUCUCAACUGUAAGGUGUAAUGGUACUGGAUCGGUGGGAUUUCUUUCCAGUCGUCCAAGAGCAAACGUGGCACUCACUCGUGCAAGGUAUUGCCUUUGGAUAUUGGGGAAUGAAGGAACUCUAUUGAAUAGUGAAUCUAUUUGGAAGAAAGUGGUCAAUGAUGCCAAGGAUCGUGGUUGUUUCCGCAAUGCUCAUGAGAAUAAGAAUUUGGCUCAUGCUAUUACAGCUUCACUGGUCGACCUUAACCAACUCAAUGUUUUAACUAAUAUGAAUUUUCUACUGUUUAAAGAAGCAAGAUGGAAGGUAUGCUUCAAUGAUGCCUUCUGGAAAUCCAUGGCAGGAGUUAAAAACAAUGAGUUGUUUAAGAAAGUUUUAUCUCUGCUGGAAAACUUUUCAUGUGGCCAGCGUCAACUUGAUGAAUGUCGAAAUGUGAUUGGGCAUGAUAGGAUAUCUUCCCAGUUAUUAGAGUGUUACAGGGUCAAUAAUCAGUUAUACCUUGCUUGGUUUAUAGAUAUUGCUACCAUGGAUAGUUCUCAUUAUUACACCCAAGUUGUGAAGGUCUGGGAUAUUUUGCCGUUAUCCGCUGUACAAAAGCUAGCAGAUCAGCUUGACGAGAUGUUUGGGAACUACACUGUGAAUAAGAUGAAUCGCUGCAAGCACAAAUGUACUGAAGGGACUUUGGUUGUUCCAAUGAAAUGGCCAAUGGAUUCAAGCUCCUGGAGUUUGACAAAUUCACUGGCUUCACUCAGUUUGAGGGAGGGAUAUGAAGCAUACCCUACAAAUUAAAAGUGAGCAUCUCACUUUCAAUUGUUCAGAGAAUUCUCCAACUUUCAUGCUGUUGAUGAAUUUUCAGACUGAAAAAAAGGGGAGCUUUCUUAACUAUUUCAUUACUACUAGUCACUAAUAUAUGGACACUAUUUUAUUUAAAAUAUUAAUUGUUCGCAAUGAAUACUUGUACUCUUUUUAACUUUCAAGUAUAAGGAUUUUCAGAAAGUUUCUUGCUUUGCGCAACUAGUUGUCCUUUUUAUUGUUGAUUCCAGGUACCGUUCAAAGUCCCCAACAAUGAAAUCUGGUAGAAGGUGAAAUUUGGCUUUCAAAUUAAGGUUGUAACAAUUGGUGCAAUCAAAUAUUGCAUACAAGGUCAAUAAAAUACUAGCUACUAUGUUUGGUUCCA